AUGUCGGUGAUGACAAGAUUCGUCAGUUUCGUCAGUCUGAAUCAUCCCAGAGUUAUUCAUGAGUUCCAUGGUCCAAUUCCGAUAGCCGCAUGCCAAUCCAAAGUCUUGGGUCUAUAUUGUUAUGAGUAUCGUUCGCGAUAUUCAGCCCUGCAAAUCAAUGACUUGGUCUCGGGCCAAAUCACCUUCGGGUUUACGUUCUCGACGCCUCCCUGUUGCCUCUUUUGCCAUGAACCCCAAAUGGAAAUAUCAGGCAAACCAGAAGGCAAAAAAGAUGCAGAGAAAAGAGAUGAUCUGUGCCGGAUGCAUAAGAUCCAUAUAAAUCUCAUCUGA